AAAAUGCCGGUGACACACUUUUCAACUGUCUUCAUCUGAUCUCUCUUCAACGCUUUCACCAUAAACAAUGGUCGGCGGUGGAGGCGAUGCUCCGCCACCACCUCCAAUAAACGGCGGCGAGUUCCUUCUCCACUUGCUAAAAAAUCCACCUCAGCAUCCCCGUUCGCACUCCCAACCACCACCACCACCACAACCUUCACAAGUACUCCCUCACGAUCCGGCCGUCGCCGCGGUUGGUCCGUCGAUACCUUUCCCGCCACAAUCAUUCCCACCUCAUGGUACCGAUUACCUCUCCCCCUCCCGUUCUCCGCUUUUCCCGCCUCAUAAUUACUUCAAUCAAGGGUUAGGAUUCCCCCAAAACCCUAACCCUAAUCCCAAUCUGAAUCCAAAUCUUAUCAAUCCAAACCCCAAUUGGCACUUGAAUUUCAUGCAAAAUCACCACCAAGUAAACAACCAGGGCGUGUUUGAUGAUCUGUCAAAACUUGGACUUAUUUACGGCAACAACCAGCAGCAGCAGCAAGAUCGACAGAACAAGUUCAUUUUUGGUACUUUGCAAUCUGAUAUUCAAAGCUCUAAAGUGUCGAGAAAUGGUAAUUUGGAUUACGAUCUUGCUAAUAUUGAGAAACAUUUAAUGAAGGAGAGAGAACUGAGUAUGGGGAAUAGCAGACUGAACGGUUCAGAGGUUGAUCUCCAUCGCAAUGCUGAGUUAAUGCAAAAUCUCCAAAUCAGUUCAUUGGAGUUCGGUAAUUAUGGAUCAAAGGGAGCUUCUUCUCAACAGCAAGUGAGGCGUAUACCACCACCAGGGUUUUCGAGCAACCCAAGGAGUGUAGGCAAGAGGAAUAUGGAACAGAGUAUGGAUAGGGGAAAGGGUAAUCACAGAGAUGUUAUAAGUUCAGGAGAAAGAUUGCACACUGGGGAAAGAAGAGGGCUUAUUCAACAGUUUGAUGACCCAGGUCCUUCAAGAGGAAGUCAUCUUCAUUCAGUUCCUGCUACUGAUGUUGAAGAGUCCUUGAUGGCAUUACAUGCUAUGGAUGAAAAAAAAUCCAGAAACAAUGACAUUGACUCGAGGGAAUUGGAUGAGUGUGAUGAACAUCUCGAUAAUUUACUACUUGAAGAUGGAACAGAUGAGAAAAGUGAUGCAACAAAGGGUCCUAAACCUCGAGAUAAGGAUUACAGAUCAGAUAAAAGGGGACAAUGGAUACUGAACCAAAGAAUGAGGAACUAUAGAAGUCGAACAGAAUGUAGGGGAGAUAUACAAAGGCUAAAUGCGUCUUUUCUUGCAAUUUAUGAGUCACUGAUUCCACCAGAAGAAGAGAAGGAAAAGCAGAAGCAACUGAUGGCAUUAUUGGAUAAACAUGUUACAAAAGAAUGGCCUGAAGCUCGGUUGUUUCUUUAUGGAUCAUGUGCCAACUCAUUUGGGUUUCGUAAAAGUGACAUUGAUGUUUGUCUUGCAAUGGGGGAUGCUGAUAUUGACAAAGCAGAGAUUUUGUUGAAGCUUGCUGAUAUUUUGAAAUCAGAUAAUCUUGAGAAUGUUCAGGCAUUGACUCGAGCCAGGGUUCCCAUAGUGAAGCUUAUGGAUCCUACUACUGGAAUCUCUUGUGAUAUUUGUGUAAACAACUUGCUUGCUGUUAUAAAUACAAAGCUUCUACGUGAUUACUCAAAGAUAGAUGUAAGAUUGAGACAAUUGGCCUUCAUUAUCAAACAUUGGGCAAAGUCUAGGGGUGUUAAUCAAACUUAUCAAGGAACCCUAUCUAGCUAUGCGUAUGUUUUGAUGUGCAUUCAUUUCUUACAGAUGCGUACGCCUUCCAUCCUUCCAUGUCUACAGGAAAUGGAGACGACUUAUAAAAUAAAUGUGGACAAUGUGGAAUGUUGUUAUUUUGAUAAAGUGGAGAAACUUGAAGGUUUUGGGUCCCGCAAUGGUGAAAGUAUUGCUCAAUUGGUUUGGGCUUUUUUCAAUUACUGGGCUCAUUCUCAUGAUUAUGCAAAUGAUGUUAUAUCUAUUCGGACCGGAAGCCUAGUAAGCAAAAGAGCAAAAGACUGGACAAGGAGGAUUGGGAAUGACAGGCAUUUGAUAUGCAUAGAAGAUCCAUUUGAGGUAACACAUGAUUUGGGUCGGGUCGUGGACAAACGAAGCAUCCGUGUUUUGAGAGAGGAAUUUGAACGUGCUGCUGAAAUCAUGCAAUAUGAUCCAAAUCCUUGUGUGAAGCUAUUCGAGCCUUAUAUUCCCACUUGAUUCCUUCUCCCCUUUUUUGUGAAACUUAGUUGCUAGUAACAUGUAAAUUCCUUGCCCUAGAUGGUGAUUUUAUGGACUUGUUAGGGUUUGUGUAGCUAUGGAUUUCAUCUUUCGUAAAAAAGUGUUUUUUUUUCUUGUC